UGGCUCAUCACGUGUGCCCUAUAACUCUUUUGUAACUUCAGACUGUUGUUCUGUAUCUCCCUUGUUAUAUGUUCUCAGGCGAUGGAGACACCGACAGCGAUACCCAUUAUCCCUCGCCUUAGAGUCAGCAGACAUCAUCAGUCCACUGCUUACGACUACUCUGGCUCUGUGAAUCUCUCCGAGGCCGGCCCUUCUCGUUUACCAAACUCUACAGAUUUCUUGGAGCCAAAUUUACACGCGGAAAACACUGAUGAUGAUGAGCAGGAUACCCCAAAACUACAUCCAAUCUCUGCGCUACCUACGGAUUCAUCGUCACCAUACCCAGAAGAUACCCCCGCAGCCCGGCUCAAAGCAGUUUUGGAGCGCACCAGCGCGAGAUCUAGACCUCCACCUGCUCCUAUACCAUCGUCGGGCUCUACGACCGACCUUGAAUCUGACUUUGACUUACCUACGAUCGGUUCCUCACAACCAAGUCUUGCUCGAGAAAAUCUCAACAGUUUAUUCUCCCGUGCGCUCCGAGAACCUGGAGACACGCCACAAAAGAGCUUCAAGGGAAAGAUAAGAAGGAGAAAUAGUGUCGAUACUAGCGAGUUUGAAUCUAGUCCUCGUGUGGCUAAGGUAAAAGACGACCGCAGUGUCGUUGAAGGGAAGCGAAGAAGCCUGAGUGACGACGAGCUGAGCUCCUCAAACAUUUCCAUAGAUCGCUCUCAAGCGGCGGUUUUCAAUACUUUACGCCAACGCCUCAAUUCCAGCAACCAACGAAAGCAAAAGACGCAGGCUUCUGAACAACAGAAUACGAGUGACCUUGAUCUCUCGACACUGUCAAGGAUCUCGAUGAUAUACAGUUCACACCUCCACUUGUCACCAGUACCCCUCAGCACUCCUUGAAGAUGUCUGUCAACUCCCAAUUCCAAUCAAGUACGUACUGACAACUCUCUAUUAACUCAAUGUCAACAAAUGGGUAGACCUAAUGGACCAAGAUUCGGAGAUGCAACAGGCUAUGAGAGAUCUAGAUAGUUAUGAACAUUCUCCAACAUCAGGUACCCUCACGCUAGGCCGGUUCUGGACCUUUUAACUCA